AUCGGCUCAGCAACACGCGAAACACAACAACACAACAAUAACAGCAAAAGCAAUAGCAGUAACAGCAUAUUGUUGUUAUAUACACAGACAGAACUGACAAUUAUCUCAUAUUCUCAGUCGUCGCGCAAUUGCCGUCGUCACCAUGUCUCUCCACGACACACUUAUCUACAUAAACUCGACGGUCGAGUCGAUAUCCUCACAGUUCACGCGCCUGCCGGGGUCUUCGAUCAUCCUGCGCUACGUGCGGUCAUCGUACCAGAACGACCCUGCGCGGAGUGUGCUUGAGUUCUGCUUGUUUUUGUUUGCGGUGCGGUACUUUUUGGCGUCCAAGUACUCGGUUACGAAGAAGGACUUUGUUAGGCUUACGGAUGGGGAAAUUGACGAGUUGGUGGAUGAAUGGACGCCUGAGCCCCUUGUCCCUGCCAUGGACGAGGCCUCGCAGACCGACGUCGACAAGAUUCCCGUGAUUGUUGGUGCCACCGGCCCGAAGGUCAAGCUCGCGACCGGCAAAUCCGCCAUGAACCUCGCGUCCGCCAACAUGCUCAACCUGGUCAGCAACGAGCAAAUCAAGCAGGACGCCAUCAACACCGUGCACGAGUACGGCGUCGGCGUCUGUGGCCCUCCUGGGUUCUAUGGAUACCAGCGGGUACACAUCAACGCGGAGAAAGACAUCGCCGCAUUCCUCGGCAUGCCGGCGGCGAUUAUCUACGCGCAGGCGUUCAACACGAUCUCGUCUGUCAUUCCUGCGUUUGCCAAGCGCGGAGAUAUCAUUGUCGCCGACGCAGCGUGUAAUAUCGCGGUUUGCAAGGGCAUCACGAUUUCGCGCGCGACCGUGCGGUGGUAUGAGCACAAUAACAUGGAAGACCUCGAGCGCGUGCUCGAGCGGGUUAGUAAGGAGGUCAAGGGCCGGCCGUUGACGCGCCGGUUUGUCGUCUCCGAGGGCUUGUUUGAGAACAUUGGCGACAUCUGCAAUCUGCCCAAGAUCCUCGAGUUGAAGGAUAAGUACAAGUACCGGCUGAUUCUCGAGGAGAGUUUCUCGGUCGGUGUGAUUGGCAAGACCGGGCGCGGCGUGGCGGAGUACUACGGCGUGGACGCGACCGAGAUUGAUAUAAUCUCGGGCUCGAUGGCGAACACGAUGGUUGCCGGGGGCGGAUUCUGCGUGAGCUCGGAGUACGCGGUCAAGCACCAGCGCAUCAACGCGCUUGGGUACGUGUUUUCGGCCGCGUUGCCGGGGUACCUGGCAAAGACUGCGUCGAACGCUGUGGCGAUCAUGACUACUUCGCCCGAGCUGUUUUCGCAGUUGAAUGCGAAUGCGCGCGCGUUUAGAGAGAUUAUCAGCAAGUCGCAGUACGUGUACUCGCCGUCUGACCCGGACAGUCCGCUGAUCCAUCUGCGCCUGAAAUCGGAGAUUCUCGAGACGCGCAAGAUCGAUGACGAAGACCACGUGCUGCAGGACAUUGUGGACGAGUGCUUAUACAACGGGGUGCUGAUUACGCGCAACAAGUACGUGCAGAGCGCGGAGAACUUCCCGAUUCUGCCGAGUUUGAAGGUGCAGGUUACGACUGGGUUGAAUAAGAAGGAGACGGAGAAGGCGGCGCUGGUUGUCAAGGCUGCGAUUUCAAAGGUUGUCGCGAAGAUUCCCAAGGCUAAGCACUGAAUACUCUGUGCUUUUUUGUGCUGCUUUUUUUUAAUUUUUAUUUUGUGCUUUGGUUGGGAGAUAUAACGGAAACAGGUUGCAAGAGCGAAAGAUUGGUAUAUAAAUAUCCUGUGAUGUAGCGCUAGUAUGAAUCUAUUCUAUAAGGACU